UCAAAAGGGUUGUAAGUCAAACUUGUUCCCUCUCUGAUAUAAACACACUCUCCUUUGUCGAGCAAUCUUCCCCAUUUCCCAACUCAUCAUCGCAGCUUCGUUCUCCUAAUUGAAGAUAUCUUCAUAUCAAUAGUCUUUAGUCAUCGACCGCAGCAAGCACAUACCAGAGCACUCCGAUGGAUAUGAUGAUCAGGGUAUUCCUGAUAUGCACACUGUUCUUCCCUUCUUCAGCACACUCCAGGAAGCAUAUCAAUGACAUUGACCGGUGGUGUAAAGACACGCCACACCCGGAGCCGUGCAAAUAUUUUGUUGGUAAUAGUCGCCACCACCGCUCGCCUCCGAAGGACCAAUCGGAGUUUCGCCAGAUAAUGGUUGAUGUGAGCAUGGACCAAGCCUUCAAUACACAGUGGCAUGUAUUGCAAUUUGGCGAGAAUUGCACGACUAAGAGGCAAAGGCAGGUAUGGUCCGUUUGCACGAAACUUUAUUACAACACGAUUUGGCAGCUCAACCGAACCGUGGAAGGCCUAGGAGGGGCACAUAAGAACUGCACCAACUUCGAUGCUCAAACCUGGCUCAGCACAGCUCUCACGAACAUUAGAGCGUGCCAAUUGGGAUUUCAAGAUCUCAAUGUUUCCGACUUCAUAUCUCCAGCCCUGUCGACCAAUUUAUCGCAGCUGAUCAGCAAUACUUUGGCGGUCAACAGGAUUUUGCUACAGAAUGAAGAACAAGAGAGUUAUGAAGGAGGAUUUCCUAGUUGGGUGUCUAGACAUGAUAGGAAACUACUGCAAUCUUCCACAAUAAAGGCUAAUCUUGUGGUGGCCAAAGAUGGCUCGGGGAAUUUCCAAACUGUCCAGGCAGCUCUAGAUGCAGCUGCAAAAAGGAGCUCCACAACUGCAAGAUUCAUCAUAUACGUAAAAAGAGGAGUCUACAGGGAAAACAUUGAGGUAGCUAAUAACAAUAACAAUAUCCUGAUGAUAGGUGAUGGCGUAAAGUACACCAUUAUCACGGGCAGUCGAAGUGCCGGAGGAGGUUACACUACAUAUAGUUCUGCAACGGCCGGUAUCGAUGGUGCUAAGUUUAUAGCUCGUGACAUUACGUUUGCCAACACUGCAGGUCCACAAAAGGGGCAAGCAGUUGCACUGCGAUCCGCAUCCGACCUCUCGGUGUUCUACCACUGUGCUUUCCAGGGAUACCAAGACACUCUAUGGGUGCUUUCGCAGCGGCAAUUUUACAAGUCCUGCUACAUUUUUGGCACCAUAGACUUCAUCUUUGGAAAUGCAGCAGUUGUCUUCCAAAAUUGCUAUAUCUACGCUAGGAAGCCAUUGCAUGGUCAAGCCAAUGUAAUAACGGCUCAAGGGCGCGACGACCCCAAUCAGAGCACGGGAAUUUCAAUCCACAAUUCACGAGUCCUGGCCACAUCCGACCUACUGCAAUCAACAGACAGUGUCCAAACAUACCUCGGACGGCCAUGGAUGCAAUACGCAAGGACAGUAUACUUGAAAACUUAUCUCGGCUCUUUAAUUAAUCCUGCAGGUUGGGUCACAUGGCAAGGUAGUAAUUCUGUUUGGAACACAUUGUACUUUGGCGAGUAUGCGAACUCUGGACCUGGAAGUUCGACCAAAAACAGAGUAACAUGGCCAGGUCAUCAUGUAAUUACAAGUGCCACCGUUGCUUCGAGUUACACCGUGCAAAAGUUCAUAGCUGGCACAUCAUGGUUACCAGCGACCGGUGUGCCAUUCACUUCCGGAUUGUGACCAUGUAUUCGUGUUUAUGAUACAUGAUCAUUGGUUCUUGUUUGUAUAUCGUGCUGCCUUUUAAAAUUUUUGUGCGAACUAUUAUCAA